CCAACAAUGCAUGAUGCCAAACAUGCCGCGAACUGGAGAAAGAAGAAGAAAAAGAUACAACCUUAGCCGCUUGAACUUGAACCUAUGUUUCUCAGUUCCCAUGCAAUCGUUCACACCACAAUCUUCCCCUGCUGCCACCUCUUCAACCGUUCUUCAGAAUCAAAACAAAAAACCUUUAUCACAACCCGCCACGUCACCGUCCCCGAUCAAGAACUUCAACUACGACCCUACUAACCCAUUCCCGAAUCUCGGACCCGAACCCGAACCUGCUGAGCUGGCCUCCGCUUUCGUCUCCCACCGCUUCUUCUUCACUUACCCCGGCCGCUCCAACUCCAUCGUCGAAUCCACCAUCACCGACACCGAUUGCGCUACCUCCUCGUCCUCGCUGGGAAAUCCAGUCGCCACCGUCGACGAAAAGGCGAAAACGGCGCUCGAAGGCAGCGUUGCGGUAGAGAUGUACUCGCUGGACCCCUACGAGGAUUUCCGGCGCUCCAUGGAGGAGAUGGUUGCGGCGAGUCCCGAGUUGAUCGACGUGGAGGCUAAUUGGAAAGAGCUUCUUUUCUGCUACCUCGCGCUCAACCCGAGGAGCACGCACAAGUUCAUCCUCUGCGCUUUUUCUGAUCUUCUUCUAAGCCUCAUGUCGCACUCUUCUCCUCCGCCGCAGGAUGACGGUGCCGGCGAUGUUGCCAUCGGUGGCGAUGGAUGUUCGAAUUAGAUACAGUAACUGUUGACAAGUUGCAUUUGCUUCUGUAAGUUGAAAAAACCUUAAACGUGGGUGCGAGGUAGAGAUUAAUUAGUGGUAUAAUCGACAUUUCGGAAGAAUUAAUUAAUAUUAUAAAGUUUGCU